AUGACAGCAACGACCCAUGAGAGAGCACCGUCACCCUCCGAGGACACACCUCUCAUCCGACGUGCCUCGGAGGAAUUGCAAGACGACCAUGUUCCAAUGACGUUUGCGAGAGGCUUCGUCAUAACCUUGACAAUGGGGCUCUUUCUUUUCAUUCAAGGCACCAAUGUGUCGAUGAUGACCACGGCGCAAUCGGCUAUUUCCGAAGACCUCGACGCCUUCUCCGCCACUACCUGGUUUAAUUCGGCUUACUUGAUCGGAAUGUCCAGUGUCACUCCUCUCGCAGGCCGCCUCUGUCAAAUAUUUACCCCCCGCAUCUAUGUGUUAUUCUCCUCGAUUGUCUUGUCUGUAGGCUUGUUCGUCACGGCGGCCGCUCCUAGACUCAGUGUCUUUCUUUUGGGAAGAGCUCUAUCCGGAUGCGCCGGAGGCGGCUUGUUGAUAACAGCAAUCAUCCUCUCCCUUGAUCUGCCCAGCAAAAAGCGAAGGGGCAUCUUCAUCGGGCUUAUCAACGUAGGGGCGACCACCGGAAUUGCGUCUGGUGCAGUCUUAGCAGGAAUAUUCACUCCUCUAUACGGCUGGCGCUUCAUCUUUUGGAUCCAAGCCCCUCUCUCGCUUAUAUUAGGGCCCAUUCUAUAUUUUUCUCUCCCCCCGCCGGACAGAGAUGAAGGACUAUUCUCCCAUUCCCCGGUGGCAAAGUUAGCCAAAGUUGACUACGCGGGUGCCCUCACAUUGGCGCUCUCCGUGUUCCUACUCCUGUUCGGCCUCUCGUCGACAGAUAUCACAAUCACGCCUAUCAUUCUCUGCCCAGUCGUCUUUGCUAUCUUCCUUCUCAUUGAAUCCAAAUACGCCACGGACCCCAUCAUCCCAAUCCAGGUUCUCAAACUGCGAAGCGUCGUGUUAACCUGCCUCGCAGGCCUCAUCUCCAUGAUGUCCCGCUGGGCUAUCCUAUUUUUCACACCCGUAUAUGCCAGCGCCGUUCGCACCUGGCCAUCGUCAACAGCCGGCCUGAUCCUAGUACCAACAAACGCCGGCUUCGGUCUCGGAGGGGUUCUAGUAGGCUGGCUUCAUAUCCGCAGCACCAGCAGUUACUACAUAUCCAACCUCGUCGUCUACCUCCUCUUCGCCCUAACCAGUCUCGCCCUAUCCAUCCUCUCGACCCCCACCUCCCCAACAGCAGCCUACCUAAUCACAACCUUCCUCAACGGCCUCUCCGCCGGCGCCCUCAUGAACUACAGCCUGACGCACGUCCUGCACCUAACAGACCCCCAAUCGCACUACAUAGUCAGCUCCCUCCUCGGCAUGUCUCGGAGUUUUGCAGGAAGUUUUGGCUCCGCCAUCGGCGGCGGCUUCUUCCAACGCCAGCUGAAGAGCAGCCUGGAGGAUGGGUUCGCGCGGUACGGCCUGUCCGGUCGCGAGGCGCUUCUUCGGAUGCUGUUGGGCAGUCCUGCGCUUGUGGGGAGCUUGACGGGAGUGGAGAGGACGGUCGCUAUUGAGGGGUACGAGAGUGCUGUUAGGACGUUGCUACUUGGGGGUUGUGUGUUGACGCUUGUGGCUGGUGUUGCUCAUGCUGGGACAGGUUGGAGGCCUUACUCUUAUGAAGAUGGCAAGAGAGGAGAUGAGGAUGGGGAAAGUGGUAUUGUGGAGUAA